AGGGAGGCGCGGCGACAGACGGGGGGACCGAAGUGGGCGGACCGGGCGUCGCCUGCUGCUCCAGCCCCGCAGCCUCCUGGAGGGCCCCACACUGUGGCUGUACUUCCCCCGCAUUCGACUUGGCAGCGCGGGUCUGAAGCUUCGCGGCUCUUACGGCAAGUUUGGUGGUACUUACUUACUGGAAACUUUCUCUCUACGGAAGUGUGUGCUCUGGUGUGCCUACUUGGUACGCUGCUCUGCAGUCUGUCUUCAGCCUGUGUUUACGCGGUCAUUCCCCUGCAUCCCACGAGGUGGCAAGGCUGACACAUCCACAUGAUUCGGCUUCUGCUUUUCUCGCUGGAGACAGAGCUCUGAGGGAAUCUGCCUUUAAGAGGGCCUCCAAGGCCAGCUCAUGAGAGCUCUUCUGGGAAGUGAGGUCGAGCUGUCCUGAAGACGCCUGCAGCAGCUGUCGGUCCAGGGACCUUGGAGCAACCACUGAUGGGCCCGGUCGGUUUACACAACAUUGGACAGACAUGCUGUCUUAACUCCCUGAUCCAGGUCCUUGUUAGAAAUGUGGGAUUCGCCAAGAUACUGAAGAGGAUAACGGUGCCGGGCGGAGCUGAGGAGCAGAGGAGGAGUGUCCCCUUCCAGCUGCUCUUGCUGCUGGAGAAGAUGCAGGACAGCCGGAAGAAGGCGGUGCAGCCCAUGGAGCUGGCCUACUGUCUGCAGAAGUACAACAUUCCAAUGUUUGUCCAGCACGAUGCUGCCCAGCUCUACCUCACAGUCUGGAACCUGAUCAAGAACCAGAUCACAGACGUGGACUUGGUGGCAAGGCUGCAAGCCCUCUACACCAUCCGGUUGAAGGAGUCCUUUGUCUGUCUUGAAUGUACCUCAGAGAUGAGCAGAGACAGCAGCAUGCUGGCCCUCCCCCUGUCUGUCUUUGAUAUGCACUGGAAGCCCCUGAAAACGCUGGAGGAUGCCCUCCACUGUUUCUUCCAGCCGCAGGAGCUGUCCAGCAAAGACAAGUGCUUCUGUGGGAGCUGUGGCAGGAAGACUCGCUGGAAGCAGGUCUUGACACUGACCCAUCUGCCCCAGACACUGACCAUCCACCUCAUGAGAUUCUCCAUCAGAAACCUGCGGGCAGAAAAAGUUUGCCACUCAUUAUAUUUCCCCCAGAAUCUGGAUCUAACCAAGCUCCUUGAGACAAAGGGGGAGCCCUGCAGUGCUGAGGAGCAGGUGGUCAGUCUCUCCCCACUUCUUCCACUCUCAGCUGUGACUCUGCCUCACUUGGACUCUCAAGCCAUUUUCAUAUGCCUUCACUCUGGUGUUCUCAAACACAAAUCUGAUGCUGCUGCUCCUCUGCGCAGAGCGUUCCAAGGCUGCCACUGCUGGGAUGUUUUGACUCCUGACUUGGCCUCAGUGGCUCCCUGCACCCCUGCCCCAUCCCUCAACCCCAUCCCCCACCACCCUCCCCCAGGGCGUGCUGCCGGGCCUCCACAGAUCCUUCAGGGUCAGUUUAAGCACAUUGUCUCUGGGGAGCUUUUCUCAACUGCUCAUUCCUUCUUGUUUUGGGGUAGAGACUGCUUCCCAGAUUUAUCUGUAAACCUGGUGUGAAACCUCGCUUCACAGCUGUGCUGUAAUUAGGUAUGAGCAUCUUGUGGUCAGAGAUGGUCUUCUGGGGCCCUGGGCACACCAGUGCCUGGCAGAGAGGCACUGAGAAGCAGAGGAUCAGAAGAGGAGGUGUGAUGGGGGUCCCUUUAUCC